AUGGAAUAUACUAAAAGAAGACGUUAUACAAUCAAUGUUAAAAAUAAUAUUGAUUAUUCUGAUCUUCAAAAUAUUUAUCAACAUGACAUGCACAUGUAUGAUUUUCCUCCAACAGGAGAAAUUUCACUUACAGAAUUUGAAGAAUUGGGUAGAGAAAGAUUAAAACUUUUACAACAUGUGGAAAACAAUGCAAUAAGAACAGAUUUUAAGACACAAGAAGACCGUAAACAAAAUCUACAUACAGCUUUAAUGAAAGAUGGCCUUAAAUAUUUUGCACAUCUUUUAUAUGCAAAAGGUUACAAAUCAACAGAAACAGAUUUACAAUGUAGAAGAAAAGAUCAUAUAUCACAUUUUAUAUCAAGAUUAUCACAUUGUCAAGAAUCAGAUCGUCAGAUGUGGUUUAUCAACCAAGAAAUAGAAUUAUUUAAAUUAAGAUUUAGUUCAUUAGAUAAAGAAGGAAUAGAAAAGUUACUUAGUAUGCAUAAUAUUGAUUGUCAGCAGAUUACACAAGAAGAAAAGGAUGAAAUUAGAGAGGAACUUCGUUUAUCUACAUCAUCCACAAAAGUUUUAAAUAUUGAUAUGACAGAAUUUUAUAAAGUGCCUUUUUAUAGAGUUUCUGAUUUAAUUAGAUCACGUAGAGUUUAUCUAAGCCAAGGAAUAGCAUAUAUACCACAAAUAGAUUUAGUAUCUUUGUUUCUUUCUUAUUUUAGAAAAAACUUACUUGAUGGUAUGCCAGCUGCAAAAAUGUCUAUUAUACGUAUGCAUGGUGAUGAUAGAAUACAAUCAUAUCUCAAAUCUGUACCUAAUAUUUCUGAUAAAACAUGUAUUAUUUGGACUAGUUCUGCUACACCCACAGAUAAAUUAGAUGAGUUAUCAAAAACAUCAUAUCCUAUGUGCAUGAGAAUAUUACAUGAAGCACUUAAAUCUAAUCACCAUCUAAAAAACAGUGGGCGUAUACAAUAUGGUUUAUUUAUAAAAGGUAUUGGUGUAACAAUGGAAGAUUCUUUGUCUUUUUGGAAAACAGAGUUUACAAAAAAAAUUGAUUCAGUAAAAUUUGAUAAGGAAUAUGCCUAUACUAUAAGACAUACUUAUGGUAAAGAGGGCAGACAGACAAAUUACACUCCUCUCGGAUGUCAAAAAAUUAUGUCUUCUGUUCAAAGUCCUGGAGAGUUUAAUGGUUGUCCAUAUAAACAUAUGGAUAAUACAUCAUUGAAACAAAAAUUGUUUAGUUAUGGCAUACCUGCAGCAAGUAUUAAUGAAAUAACAGAACUAGCAAAAAGUGAUAAUUACUUUGGUGCUUGUACAGCAUAUUUUAAAGUUUUACAUAAUCGUUUACCAGAUAAACCUAUUAUUCAUCCAAAUGGAUAUUUCCUAGAAAGUCGAGCCAUAUUGACUAAAGAUGCAGAAUUUGAAAAUAAAGAAAAACUUUCUCAAACUGGAAAAUUAAAUGUUGGAACUCCUAGAGUUAGCACUCCCAAUAUUGAUAGAAGUACACCUUCAAGAAAUAUUUCUACCCCAAAAAGUACAGAGAGAAAUGCUACACCAUCGAGAAAAAUUGAUAAAAUGAACAUGACUCCAGUUAGAACAUCUAAACCAACUCCAAGAAGAAUAGAAAAUUAUCUAAAUGACGAAGAUAUUGAGAAAUUAAUGAGCGAAGAUAUGUAAUUAUAAAAAAUAUAUUUUCUAAAUUUUA